AUGUCGACUCUUCACGUUACGAAGACGGCGAAACCGAGAGAGGGCCGGGCCGAGCAGAUGUACAACGCCCGCAACCACGCCCGACUGGUUGCCGGUGGCAUUGUGCUUGAUGACGCCCUUGACAAGGUGCUCAUGAUCUCGUCCUCGAAACACAGAGAUCGUUGGAUCUUGCCCAAGGGCGGCAUCGAGUACGACGAGAAGGAGAACUUUGCCAUCACGGCUCUUCGUGAGACGUGGGAGGAGGCCGGUGCCGUCGGCGCCGUGACAAAGAAGCUUCCUGUAGUGGAGGACGCCCGAGACCCGGCAGAACGGGCACAGAUGGAGGACAUUCCGCUCUGCGAGUUCCACUUCUACCAGAUGAAGCUCGUGGAGCUCGACACCGACUGGCCAGAGGCGUCCAACAGGCUGCGCCGGUGGUGCACGUACCAGGAGGCGAAGCACGAGCUCCUCAAGUCGAAGCGGCCCGAGCUUCUCUCGGCGUUGAACGACUCAGACAUCGUCAAGGACCACGUCGAGAUCUUGCAGUACGAUGAGCACUCCAACACGCUCUUGGACACGCAGCUCGACAACGACAAUGGCUACGAAAACCUCUGA